UGGAACAUUUCAUAGGUAGAAUCGCCCCUUUCGCAACCGCGGGAAUGUUGGUAGCCAUUCCUUGCCAUUGUCAGGAGUGUUGUUGACUUUCUUGUGAUUAACUAUUCUGAUGAAGUCUCUCUCAGUUCAAUCUUAUGCCUUCUUCUCAUUGUUCUUGCUGCUACAGUUUUUCUUCAAAUGAAACUGGAACAAACCCUAGAUGUCUGCCCAUCAGGUCAUCAAAUUCUAUCUGCUGUUCUUCCAAGCCUCGAAAUUUGAGUGGAUUUUUGUGUCUGAGCACUCCAAAUGGUGGCUUCAGUGAAAACUCUGGUGCAGUUGGUCGUGGAGAUGCAGUGAUAAUUGUGGAUCAUGGUUCGCGUCGCAAAGAGUCCAAUUUGAUGCUUAAUGAGUUUGUGGAGAUAUUUAAGUAUAAAACUGGUUAUGAGAUAGUGGAGCCUGCUCACAUGGAGUUAGCAGAGCCAUCAAUAAGAGAUGCUUUUCAAUCUUGCGUUCAACAAGGUGCAAAUAGAAUUAUUGUUAGUCCCUUUUUUCUCUCUCCUGGAAGGCAUUGGAGUCAGGACAUUCCUUCCUUGAGCGCUGAGGCAGCAAAGGAACACCCAGAUGUGUCGUACAUUGUAACUGCACCCCUCGGAUUACAUGAACUGCUUGUGGAUGUUGUGAAUGAUAGAAUCAAGCACUGCAUAAAGCAUGUGGCUGGAGAUGCAGAUGAGUGUUCAGUCUGUGCAGGGACUGGAAAAUGCAGGCUCUAUUAGUUUGUGAAACUAGAUUCUUUUGAAUACUGUUUCUGAAUUAGAUGAACCUGGGAAGCAAGGAAUCUGUAAAUUGAGUUGCAAUUGUUCUGAAGUUGUGAAUUCAGUGAGGUUAUAUGUGGAUUCUAGUAGGUCAAACAUUGCAGUUCCAAGAGCCAAUGCAGCAAAUGGGAAGAUCUAGUCUCCAAAUCUGCCAAUGAUCCAUUAAGUCGAUUGUUCAGUGGUUGCUCAAGCACAUUCUUCUCGUUUGAAAGCAAAAUUGUUCUUAUCCACCAUGCCAUGUUUCCCAAAUGUAGUCAAGUUGAUUAUAUUUAAUACAGUUAGAUGGAAUAAUUUGCAAUGGCAAAUCAUCAAUUAUGCAGAUCAAGUUGCAAUGUUAUGUUAUAUAUUUAUUAUGAUGUCAUGUUUUAUUUUUCUUA